UAGAGAAAUUUCGUGCGUGCAGGCGACAACACGGCACCCGUUCUGUCUGCCCCCCAAAAACUAUUAAAAUUUUCGCGUUUUUCUCAUAGCAGAAGCUUUCUCGAAGUCCGCAUUUUGCAGGGCUGUUCAUGUGUGCUUGCAGCAAGCGAAAAAAGCUGGUUGAUGUGGACAGAAUGUGUGUCAAAGUGGUGCAAACAACAAAUGAUUUGUAAGUGCGUCUGAAAAAAUCAAUCAGUUUGUACUGCUGGAAGGGGCGGGCGGGCCACAACAAAAUGAGCAGCAGCGCCGCCGCCCAGCUGACUGCGCCGCCAGUCAGCAACAGCAGCAGUAACAACAAUACAACGACGACUGCGAGCGAAAGCAAUCUAAUCAUCAUACAGGAUAUGAUUGAUCUCUCGGCCAACCAUCUGGAGGGUCUGCGAACACAGUGCGCAACGAGCGCGACUCUGACGCAACAGGAGAUCCGCUGCCUAGAGUCCAAGCUGGUGCGCUACUUCUCCGAGCUGCUCUUGACCAAAACGAGACUCAACGAACGUAUACCCGCCAACGGGCUGCUGCCCCAUCAUCAGGCUACCGGGAACGAGUUGCGCCAAUGGCUGCGCGUAGUUGGUCUCAGUCCGGAGUCUCUGAAUGCAUGCCUAGCGCGUCUAACGACAUUGGAGCAAACAUUGCAGCUAAGCGACGAAGAACUGAAACAACUGCUUGCCCACAAUUCAAGUACCCAGCUGGACGAGGAACUGCGGCGUCUGACCAAAGCGAUGCAUAAUCUCCGAAAAUGCAUGGAAACGCUGGACAGCAACGGCGCAGUCGCGUCCAACGUCGAUCCGGAACAAUGGCACUGGGACUCGUGGGAUCGACCCCAUCCGCAUCACGUGCACCGCGGCAGCAUUGGCAAUAUUGGCCUCGGACUGAGCAGCGCCUCACCACGCGCCCAUCAUCGUCAGCAUCAGCAUCAACAUCAGCAUCAACAUCAACACGGAAACAGCAAGCCGAAAAUUGUUAACAACUCUGCCUCAAGCUCCCGCAGCGAACAGCAACCACUGACUGGCUCUCAGUUGACCUUAACACUGACGCCCUCGCCACCCAACUCGCCCUUCACGCCCGCCUCAGGGACGGCAUCCGCCAGCGGCACUCCGCAGCGCAGCCGCAGUACGACAACAGCGGCGGGAACGCCACCACCCGCCAAGAAGCAUCAAACGCUGCUCAUGCACAACAGCAGCGCUUCGGAGACGGCACUGACGGAGCAGCCUCCACGGCCACCGCGGAGCCGCCUACCCACAGAUCCUAGCCCGGAUAGCCACAGCUCGGCCAGCAGUUCGGACUUUUUUGUAGAUGGUGGCAGCAUCAACAACUCCAAUGUCCUACUAGUGCCGCCCUCGCCAGGUGUGGCGCAUGUGGGUAUGGGUCAUACCAUUAAGCACCGCUUCAGCAAAUGGUUUGGCUUCAUGGCCACGUGCAAACUGUGCCAAAAACAGAUGAUGAGCCACUGGUUCAAGUGCACCGACUGCAAAUACAUUUGCCACAAGUCCUGUGCGCCGCAUGUGCCGCCCUCGUGUGGCCUGCCACCCGAAUAUGUUCACGAGUUUCGCCAAACUCAGGUAGGCGGCAGAUGGGACCCAGCACAGCACAGCAGCAGCAAGGCGUCGCCAGUGCCUAGGAAGAGCACGCUGGGCAAACCGCAAUUGCAACAGCCACAGCUGCAGCAUGGGGACAGCAGCUCACCGAGCUCGAGCUGUACCAGCUCAACGCCCAGCAGUCCAGCAUUGUUCCAGCAACAGCAGCUGCAACUGGCCACGCCCAGCGCCUGCCAGCCGAAACCAGCACCAGCAGCGGUGGUAGCAGCCCAACAGGGUCAACAGAGUCAAUUCAAUUUCCCCAACGUGACCAUCACAAGCAUCAAUGCCUGCAAUAGUAACGCCAGCGCCGCUCAAACGCUCAUAUCCAAUGAGUCGCAAUCGCAUAUGUCCUCGACAGAGCCGCUGACCAAUGGCAACAACAACAGCAGCUCUAACAACGGCAGCAGUGCCAACAACAACAGCAGCAGCAGCAGCUGCUCCAAUGGUCACCUGCACUCCCUGACUGGCAGUCAAGUGUCCACGCAUUCGGCUACCUCGCAAGUGUCAAAUGUGAGUGGCAGCAGCAGUGCCACCUACACCUCCAGUCUGGUGAACAGCGGCAGUUUCUUUCCGCGGAAAUUGAGCAAUGCUGGUGUGGACAAGCGGGUGCCGUUUACUAGCGAAUAUUCGGACACGCACAAGUCGAAUGAUAGCGACAAGACGGUUUCGUUGUCGGGCAGCGCCAGCACUGACUCUGAUCGCACGCCUGUGCGUUUGGACUCCACAGAGGAUGGCGACUCGGGUCAGUGGCGGCAGAACUCCAUAUCAUUGAAGGAAUGGGAUAUACCCUAUGGCGAUUUGCACCUGUUGGAGCGCAUUGGACAGGGUCGAUUUGGCACUGUGCAUCGCGCGCUGUGGCAUGGCGAUGUCGCUGUGAAGCUUCUCAAUGAAGACUAUCUGCAAGACGAGCACAUGCUGGAAUCGUUUCGCAACGAGGUGGCCAAUUUCAAGAAGACGCGCCACGAGAAUCUGGUGCUGUUCAUGGGUGCCUGCAUGAAUCCGCCGUAUUUGGCGAUUGUCACUGCGCUGUGCAAGGGCAACACCCUGUACACCUACAUACAUCAGCGAAGGGAGAAGUUUGCAAUGAAUCGCACGUUGUUGAUUGCCCAACAGAUUGCGCAGGGCAUGGGCUAUUUGCAUGCCAGAGACAUAAUACACAAGGAUCUGCGCACCAAGAACAUUUUUAUAGAGAACGGCAAGGUGAUCAUAACGGACUUUGGCCUCUUCAGCUCCACAAAGCUGCUGUACUGUGAUAUGGGCUUGGGUGUUCCACAAAACUGGCUCUGCUACUUGGCCCCGGAACUAAUACGCGCCCUGCAACCGUGCAAGCCACCCGGCGAGUGUCUAGAGUUCACGUCCUACUCGGAUGUUUACUCAUUUGGCACCGUUUGGUACGAGCUAAUUUGCGGCGAAUUCACGUUCAAGGAUCAACCGGCUGAGUCUAUCAUUUGGCAAGUGGGGCGCGGCAUGAAACAGUCGCUGGCCAAUCUGCAGUCUGGUCGCGAUGUCAAGGACCUGCUGAUGCUGUGCUGGACCUACGAAAAGGAGCACAGGCCGGACUUUGCACGCCUGCUCUCCUUGCUGGAGCAUUUGCCAAAGAAGCGCUUGGCACGCAGUCCCUCGCAUCCCGUUAACCUCUCGCGCUCAGCGGAAUCUGUAUUCUAACCAGCCGAUAUAAAAAUAUAUACGUUUAUAGACACAUAUGUCAUAUAUGUAAGCAGGCGCGCACACACACUCACACACACACUCUCUGAUUCUAUUUAGCACAAUUUCACGUUAUAUGUAAAUGUAAACUACACACAUAUGCAUACAUAUGUAUGUAUGUCACUUUAACUGUAAUUGUUGUGCGUGCAAAAUGUCAAAUGUGAAAUUAGCUCUCCGGUGAAGGAAGCAAGAGAAUGCGGAGAGCAAAGCUCACUUCCUCAGCCUCUUAUGUGUAUGUAUGUGUACGACUCUACGACUCUCAAAGAAAAGUUCAAAGUGCAUGUGUUACAAAAACAAAAACUGUAAAUAUACAUUUAAAGCAAAUGAAACGAAACUAUACAUAUAUGUAUAUCCAAAUUAUAGCAAUUUACAAACGCAUUGUAAAAUAUUUUUAUCUUUAAUUAUGUAUUGAAAACAAAUGUUUAAUUAAAAGACAAUGUUUAAAUGUUAAAGAGCAACAAGCAAACCCGAACGCAUAACAUAGGCAUAGACAUUACAAAUUACAUACAUUAAAGAAAAACCAAGCACUGUGGCAAAUCUAAAUGUAAACGUAAAUCAGGUGAGCAAUUUUAAAAUUGUUAAUUAUGUGUAAGCAAAGCUCUAGGUAUAUAUUAUAUAUCUAUAUAUAAACAAUUAUAUACAUACAUAUGUAAAAUGUAUAUAGUAGCAAACAAGUUGAAUGCAAAAUAUACGAAAAAAAUGUCAAAAUAAA